AUGGCCUCGAAAUUAAUCGUACUUGGAGCCGUGAAUGGGCAAUUGCAACUUACUUUCAACAAACUCUCAACUUUGCAUGCAAAGAACAAAUUCUCCUUAGCAAUUGUUGUUGGCAAUCUAUUCGCAGACGAUGAUGAAGCUGUGUCAGAGCUCCUCGCAGGAAAUAUAACUGUCCCUCUUCCUACCUACUUCACCGUCGGAACAAGUUCACUGCCUCCCAGAAUCAUUGAGAAAAUCGAGAAGGAUGAAGAAGUAACCCAAGCCUUCAUUAUUUGCCCCAAUCUUCACUUUCUAGGAAAGCGAAGUACGACGAAGACUUCGGAGGGUGUCAAGAUUGUGGCGUUAGGUGGACAACUUGAUGAGACAAUCGUUGGAGGCAUAUCACAAGAACAGCACCUACCCUUCCAUACUGUUGCUGAUGCGAAGGCUCUCUAUGGAGCAAACACCACCGAUAUUCUCCUCACGACGUCCUGGCCAGCUUCUAUUAGAAAUGGAUCCAAAGUCGAACUCCCUGCAGGAACCACGGCCCCAACCGGUCAAGAGUACAUCUCCGACCUAUGUGUUAAACUUAGACCUCGAUACCACUUGUCCCUAUCUCCCGACUUCUUCUAUGAGAGAGAACCAUUCUUUCAUAGCGCGACUCAGGAGGAGCCUGAUAUCAGACCAAUUACUCGCUUCAUAUCUUUAGCUCCCUAUGGAAACCCUACCAAACAGAAGGCCAUUUACGCUUUCUCUCUUCGGCUUUCGCCAGAUCGUAGUGCACCCUUUCCUGCUGGUACCACUUCGUCGCCGUUCUCCCCUCCCGCUGGUCCUAGAAAGAGAGCUGCCCUCGGUCCGAAGCCGUACUCUCGAUAUGGCCAGGAUAAUGACUACAGAAACAAGCGACAGAAGGGCCGCCGUGGAGAACGAAGACCACCUCCAGGUCCCGGGGAAUGCUUCUUCUGCCUGUCUAACCCAACCCUCGCUACCCAUUUGAUUUCUUCUAUCGGCGAUGACGCAUACUUGACAAUUGCCAAAGGCCCGUUGACGACUGCUGAUACGAACGCUGCACUUGGAAUCGAUUUUCCCGCCCAUGCUCUCAUCAUUCCACUUACUCACUCGCCGACCAUUGCAAUAAUCACUGAAGAGGACAAUGCGAGACAGAAGACCUUCACCGAGAUGACCAAAUUCAAGGAUGCUUUGCAAUCCAUGAUCGCCAAGCGAAGUGAGAUGAACCUGGGUGCCGUGACCUACGAGAUUAGCAAGGCUAAUGGUGUUCAUACCCAUUGGCAGUUUGUCCCAAUGCCGGUGGAGACUAUUCAGAAGGGUCUUGUUGAGGCCGCUUUCCGGGUUGAAGCCGAAAACCUCUCGUACCCUGAAUUUCAAGUACGAGAUCCAGGUAUUGGGCAAGAUGACGGCGAUUUCUUCCGAGUGUGGGUUUGGACACCACCAACUGAGGAGGGAGCUGAAGGUACGACAAAGUGCUUGACUAUGCCAUUCGAUGACAACUUGCGAUUCUCUUUGCAAUUUGGUAGGACCGUCCUGGCAAAAUUGCUGGAUCUUGAGAAGCGGAUUCAGUGGAGAGAUUGUGCGCAAUCCGAGGACGAAGAGAAGAAAGAUAUUGAGGCUUUCAAGACGGCGUUUAAGGAGUUUGAUUUUACACUUUAA